CCCGCUCGUUAGCAAGAAGCUUGAUCUUGGACGCCAUUUCCGCCUACUAUGAGUCUUCUAUGCCCUGAGAACUAAGUCGACUUCACGUGUGAUAAUCUUUCUGCUAUUUAAUUUUUAUUUUCUUAAUUUUACAAAAUAUAUCUAGCAGCCAGCUAGGCGAGAUUCUACGUUUCCCCACGAAAGUUUCUAGACAACCAGCAAAAUAGUGGGGAUGAAGCGUUUCUCAGACGGCAAUAUGGGUGGGCCGUAUAAACGCUCACGAAUGGGUCCUGACGACAUUGAAGUUCGCCUCCUCAUACCCAGCAAGGUUGCUGGUUCAAUCAUUGGCAAAGGUGGAAAGAAUAUAUCUAGGCUCCGUUCAGAUUACAAAGCCUCUGUUACUGUCCCAGAUUGCCCUGGCCCUGAACGCAUUCUGACGGUGUGCUCUCCUGAGGUGGAGACCAUUAUAAAAGUAAUAAAUGAAGUUGUGCCCAACCUUGAGGAUACCAGUGGACGCAGCAAGACAGGUGAUGAUGUGGACAUCAGAAUGCUAGUACAUCAGAGCCAAGCUGGUUGCAUCAUUGGCAAAGGAGGUCUCAAGGUCAAAGAGCUCAGGGAGAAAACAGGAGCUCGUAUCAAGAUAUACACAAAUUGCUGUCCCGACAGUACUGACCGUGUGGUCCAAAUAACUGGCCGUGGCAAUACCUGCACAGACUGUAUUCAGGAGAUGGUGGAACUUCUCAAGACUGUCCCAGUCAAGGGUGUAGACAAUCAGUACGACCCGAUCAACUUUGACGACUUGUAUGCUGAAGAGUAUGGUGGCUACGGUCAGGGUAGCGGCGGUGGUGGUGGCGGUCGUGGCAUGAUGGGUGGUCGAGACAUGGGUGGCCCUCCUAUAGGCGGCCGAGACAUGGGUGGACGAGACAUGGGUGGAAGAGACAUGGGUCGUGGUGGCAGACCUGCUCCUUUUGGUGGUCCCAACGCUAGAGGUGUUGGCAUGGGUGGUCCUCCUCCUCGUGGUGGUGGUGGUUUUGGCAGUGGAGGCGGUGGCGGAGGCGGUGGUUUUGGAGGUGGAGGCUCUAGGAACGGGUUUGGGAUGAUGCAAGAGAACGGCCAGACCGAGGCUCAAGUAACCAUUCCGAUAGACCUGGCAGGGGCUAUAAUCGGCAAGGCAGGGGCCAGAAUUCGGAAAAUUCGUUUGGAGUCCGGCGCCGGUAUAACAAUUGAGAAACCGCUGCCGGGCGCUACGGAUCGGAUCAUCACCAUCACUGGUCUGCCCAAUCAAAUAAAAAUGGCACAAUAUUUAUUACAGCAAAGUGUACAUGAAAACACCAAUGUAGCAAGAAACCACCGGUACUGAACUCUUAUACUUAUCACCAGUUUGGGAAACAAUAUAUAUUGUUUAAGCAGUACAAAGUUAGUUUAUUUUUAGAUAUUUUAGUAUUUUUAAGCAAUGUAUGUUUGUCAUUAAGUUUAUUACAUUGCAAUUUAUUGUACAAAAUCUGUUACGUUAGUAGUUAUUUGUACACUUUGCUUAAACAUUGUUAACUUUUCCUUGUGUCAGUAACUAUAUACAUUCUAAACAAUUUCCUUAGUUUUAUAGUAAGACAUAAUUAGUGUUGUAUUAUAUUUUAUUAUUUCUUACACAUUAAGGUGAUUAUUAUGUGUGAUCAGUCCAUCUUAACAAAUACAAUCAGUACGAUCACUAAAAUUUUUGCAUUUCAUUGACAGUCUUCCUGGUAAAAUUUGACUUUUCAAUUUUAUAGUUUAAUGUGUGUUUAUGAGGGAAAAUAUGUCAAUAAACAAAAUUAUAUUUAGAA